GUUUGUAGGUAUUGUUAUUUUUGUUUGUUUGACGUCACAGCCGCAGCACACAUGACGGUGGAAGCUAACUGACUGUGACCUCUGCUGUCAUUACGCAGGAGCGACAGGACAGCGAGCUGUGAGCUAACGUGUCCGUGUACAACAUGCUCUCUCGGUUGUUAUUUAACCUCAUCAACAGCCUCCAUGUCGUCGAGAAGUUGGCAGAGUCUCGCCCGAUCCGCAGGGCGGCUCAGAUCACAGCAUACGCCAUCACCAAGGCUCAGAUAGCCGGCCGGGACGCCUCGGAGCGGGUCAUGCGGUCCCAUACGCUGCGGCAGGUCCGAGAAGAGCCCGGCAAAGUGCCCGGCGAUCUGGGAGAGAUGAGCGGCCGUCUGCGAAGAGUCCGAGAGACAUUCGUCAGUGAGGUGAAGGGGGGACGGAAGGAAGGAUCCAGACGGAUCAAGAAAUAAACAGGGUGUUAAUCAGACUGGGUAUCCAGCUUUUGUGCUUGGAGUAACAUCUCAUGUGUGUGUGACCGUCAGGCUGACUGUGGAAGAAACAAGUACUGAAGGAGAACAGUGUGGUGUGUAACUUCAACCAUCACAGUGUUAAUGUGAAGAGGUAUACGCUGACUCAUCACCUCAAAUCUAUUCGAAUGAAACACAUUCAAUGUUCUAAAACAUCUUCAAAUUUCAAAGUCAGAUUUCGGACUAGUGUGGAAAGUUUAAGCCUGCUUCUCUACAUGAACUUGACAAGUCACUUGAAACCUUUCUGAGGAUAACACUCUAUUGAUGGUCUUCAUGUUAAUAUGUGAUUGAAAACAACCAUCUCCCUCAAUGCAGCUGCACUCAGGCACCUGCCAACAAGCUUUUAUAGAUCUACAUGUAGAGAGAUGUGUAUGUAUAGGUAAUGAAUACACCUUUUUGCUGUGACUGUAUCAAUAAAGAUUAGAAUUUAUAAGACA